AUGCUGCGCCUGAAGCAGCUGGCGGCUGUGCCCAGGCUCCUUACGUUUCUCUUGGACAGAAGCGUUUGUGACCGGAGAAGGAAGAAGGAAAAAGAAGUAGAAGCAGACAAAAUAAUUCAUGAAGAGAAAACUGAACCCAGCCUGAUCUGUCCCCCACCACGCAGCAGAAACUAUCUUCCUCCAGAGGAUAUACAGAGCUGCCUUGAGUCUCAUGUCAAGGAGAUUUUUGGACCCUCGCUUCCCGAUAAUUGGCAGCAGACACCCCUCAAAGAAAAUAGGUUAAAGUAUCGCCUCCUGGCUCAGCUGGCAGCAGAACUUGGUCAUGCGGUCCCCAAUUCACAGCUCCACCUGAUGCACAGUGCUGGGGAUGUCUUGAAUUUCUAUAGCACUCCUGUGAAGGAUGCGUCCAAGUUCGAUGAGCUGUGCGCUGCAGAGCUACCCCCAAACCUGAAGAUUACCUGGGAGCAGUGAGUCGCACCAUGAAGCAUCGCUUUGCUCUGCUUGUGUUCUUAAGGCAGGACUGCAGAGCUCUUUCAUUCCGGUAGCAACUGAAUAAAUAUCACUAAUAAAAGUUCAUUUAGUUGUCCUC